UGUUACGGGACAGGAAUGGUAUUUUCAACUUACAAAUUAUAUGUUCGAAUAAUUUAAACAAUAUUCGACGAAUAUUUUCUGUUACCAUGUGGGCUGACACUAUUUUAAUUGUAUUUAUUAGUAUCUGUACAGCUUUAUUAGGAGAAGGCUUAACGUGGUUAAUGGUUUAUAGAACAGAAAAAUAUCAGAAAUUAAAGGCUGAAGUAGAAAAACAAAGUAAAAAAUUGGAAAAAAGGAAAGAGGCACAUGGAGAUUCAUUAGAUAAACAGCAGAAAAAAAAGAUUGAACGAGAAGAAGAAAGGUUAAAGAAUAACAAUAGAGAUUUGUCUCUUGUAAAAAUGAAAUCAAUGUUUGCAAUUGGAUUUGCAUUUACUGCCCUUUUAAGCAUGUUUAAUAGUAUUUUUGAUGGCAGAGUUGUGGCAAGGUUACCUUUUGUACCAAUUAGUUGGAUACAAGGUUUAUCACAUAGAAACCUUCCAGGAGAUGAUUAUACAGAAUGUUCAUUCAUUUUUCUCUAUAUAUUAUGCACCAUGAGCAUUAGACAGAAUAUACAAAAAAUGCUUGGAUUUGCUCCCUCUAGAACUGCAAGUAAACAAAGUGGAAGUAUUUUUGGUCCUCCACCUCAACAAUUUAAAUAA